UUAUAUAAAAAAUAUGCCGACUAUUGAAUUGAGGACUAUUACUCAGCAAAGCUUUGAGUUGGAAGUUGAGAAUUCUGAAACGAUCCUCCAAUUGAAGCAGAAAAUUGCUGAGAAUAAAGGCGAUAAAGAUUUUCCAGUUGAUGGCCAAAAGCUUAUUUACAACGGGAAGGUGUUGGAAGACAACAAGACGAUUGGAGAUGUCAACGUUGUAGCUGGGAAAUUUAUUGUUGUGAUGGUUGUGAAGAAGGUGGCUCCAAAAGCUAGCGUUACUGAGGCAACAACUACUUCGGAAGAGAAAAAAUCUACUACAGCAGAAGUAAAAAAAGAGGGGACACCAACGAAGGACAAAAAGGAGGAAGGAGUUCCCGCUGAGCAUCAAAAAACUCUCGACAAUAUUACUUCAAUGGGUUAUCCACGUGAUGAAGUCAUUCGCGCGCUUAAAGCAGCAUUUUAUAAUGCUGAUCGUGCUGUUGAAUAUUUGUGCAAUGGAAUACCUGAAGGAGUUAAUUUGGUUCAAGGAGCGGCAGCAGGGGAAGCUAGUGGUGAUGAAAGCGGUGGGGAAGCAAAUGUUGUUGCUGGUGAGGGGGGUGCUGGUGGUCUUGAUUUUUUGGCUAAUCUCCCUCAAUUUGCUAUGUUGCGUGAAAUGAUUCGCGAUGAUCCAUCGGCCUUGCCUCAAAUUAUGCAAGAAAUUGCUGAAACGAGACCGGAGCUGAUGCAAAUGAUACGCGAUAAUCAAGACCAAUUUUUGGCGCUCUUAAAUGCGGAAGGUGGUGGUGCCGGAGGGGCUGCUAAUCCAAUUGCUGCUGCUCUUGGGGGAGCUGCUGGAGCAGGUGGAGGAGGAGGACCUCAAGCGGUUACAAUUCCUAUAACGGCAAAUGAUCGAGAAGCAAUUGAUCGACUUUGUGGAAUGGGAUUUCCUGAGCAAUUAGUUAUUGAAGGUUUUUAUAUUUUUUAAAUUAUUUAUCUUCUUUUGUGCUCAAAAAAGUUGCGUAAAUUGCGUGAUUUUUUUGACUGCGUUUUUUGAUUUUUACGCAGUUUUAAUGCAAUUUAUCGCAAUUUAAGCACCAUGAAAGAAAAUUCUGGCUCAUUUGCCCUCCUAAAUUCCUAAAAUCGGCGCUAAUCCCUCGUGCAUUUAUGCUUUAAUUUACUUUAAUUGAGAUAAUAGCAUCAUUCUUUACAUCAUUUAAAGCUAUCGAAAGAAAAUUCCGAGUCAGAAAAAGUGGAUAUCGGCGGAGGGAUAUCACGUGCAUCAAGGAAUUAGUAAAAUAUCAUAGGAUUACUGG